AUGGAUAUGUUGUGCUUGAUAUCACCUACAGAAGGUGGUGAUAAUGAAGAAUGUAUUAUUCAUGAGACACCUUCAUUUCCCUAUUGUCUAACAAGAAAUUUAAUACUAAUUCAAUGGAUGUUAACAAUAUUGAUCUGUGCAUCAGAAAUUGGAAAUUUUAUUCACGGAUUUAUUUGGUUAGGGGUGGGGAUUUGGAUGACUUUACCAGCGAUAGUAGCCGUUGCGUUAACAACAAUAUUUUCAUUUGGAAGAAAUCGUCAAACCAAAUAUUGGUUAAAAUUGAGUUGGAUUGCGAGUCGUUUAUCGCUGUUGUUCUUAUGUGUCAAAAUUGGUUGCGAUAUUUUUGUUCUUCUAAAACAUCGUGAUCCAAUAUCGAAUUAUGAUUUUAAUCAAUUGUCCUCGGCUACAUCAUCAUUAUGGCGAACACGCGUCAUUGAUCGAUUAACAUUAUCAAUAUUUUUAACGUUAUCUCAAUUUGUUUAUUUACUUCUCUAUUGUUGUCGAUUUAGAUACUUAUAUAAAAAUGAACCAAUUACUGCCAUAGUUAACUAA